UUCGCGUUACGUGCCUACUCAAUUUUGAGCAAUUAUACCACAAAAUUAAAAAUGUCGCACAAAUCCAUGAUUUCAAUAGUUAUUUUUACAUUAGUCAGUUGUACGUGUAUUCAAUCAGGAAAUACUGCUCGGAUAUUAGCUAUUGAGACGUUUGCAGGCAAGAGUCAUUGGAAUUUCAUGAGCUCUGUGCUUCGAGCAAUGACGGACAAUGGAAACAACGUUACGGUAUUUACACCAUUUCUUGACGGUAAUCGAGAAAACUAUACAGAAAUAGAUAUGUCUAAUAUAUUUCCCAUGAAACUUAACAUGAGUAUAGUGAGGAUAAGAAAUAUAUUCAACAAUUGGUUUACGCCAAUUUCAUUUAUGAUGAAAAAUACUGGGAGACGAAGCUGCGAAAUAUUGCACAAUAAUGAUCAACUAAAUGAUUUUUUGGAAAACAAAUUGCAAACCGAUUUUGAUGCAAUUGUCAUUGAACCUGGAAUAGUUUCAGGUUGCUUAUCGUACCUGGGAGCAAACUCAAAUUUGCCAGUGAUAUACACGUCUCCAAUUCCAAUAAAUACUUAUACAGAACGUGUUACUUAUGGCGAUGUCAGUAACCCGGCAACGGUAUCAUCAAUGUUAUUGAAUUUUGCUGUUCCUAAAACGUUUUUUCAACGGCUCACCAAUACACUUAUUUGGUUGUACUCCAGUAUAAUAGUUAAAUUUCAAGAAUUCUUACUUCAGUUAUUCGAUUCAAAACCUUAUGACUUAGGAACCAUAAAUCCUCCGUCGUUGGUCUUUAUGAACACUCAUUUCAUAAGCGAUAAGUCUAGACCAACUCCGCUAAAUGUUGUGAAUGUUGGUGGCAUUCAUUUAAAACCAUCCAAAAAAUUACCUAAGGAUAUAUUGGAUUUUAUUGAAGACUCACCACAUGGAGUAAUUUUAUUCACAUUUGGUUCAACUAUUGCGAUGUCUUCAAUUCCGAAAUAUAUUUUAAGUGCUUUUAGAGAAGCAUUAGCUGAACUUCCACAAAGAGUUUUGUUGAAAUACGAGGGAGAAAUGGAAGAUAAACCAAAAAAUGUCAUGACAAGAAAAUGGUUUCCCCAACGAGAUAUUCUCUUGCACAAAAAUAUUAAGCUCUUCGUCAGUCAUGGUGGAAUAUCGGGAUUGUAUGAAGCAGUAGACGCUGGAGUUCCAGUCUUAGGAUUCCCAGUAUUCGGUGAUCAGUAUAGGAACAUAGAUAAUUUAGUUGAGGCAGGCAUGGGAAUAUCUAUGGAAAUAUAUGCGGUAACUAAAGCAGCUUUUUUGAAAAAUGUAUUGGAUCUCGUUAACGAUGAAAAAUACAUUAAAAAUGCCAAAAUUACUUCAGAGAUAUUUAAAGACCGACCAAUGUCACCAGAAAAGUCUGUUGCUUACUGGACAGAAUAUGUUAUUCGUCACAAAGGAGCACCACACCUAAAAUCUCAAGCUCUUAAUUUAACGUGGUACCAAUACUUUUUAUUAGAUAUAAUUGCUGUAAUGCUUAUAAGUAUUUUCAUUUUUAUAUUAAUUGUUUUAAAAUUCUUUAAAUUUAUUCGUACAAUUUACAAAAAAAUAUGUUCAUCAUUCUCUAAAGUAAAAUCUGAUUGAUGUAUUUUAUAGUUACCUAUAACUUAUAACUUAUAAAUAAUGUAUCAAUUUAUUUUAACUUAAAUGGUUUUGUAUUUUAGAUUCUGAGCGAAGCGAUGAAUGUAUUGAUUCUACAAUGAUGUGUGUUUUUUUUUUUAUUUUUUUUUUAUUUUUGUGUCUGUCAUCACCUUUUAGGACAGUAAAAGUGCUUGGAUUUUCUUCAAUAGUAACUUUUCUGAUAGGAAAGUGAAUCUAGUUGGUACUUUGGGGGGUCAAAUUUCCCAGUAGUUUUCACAAGCGACGUGAAAAACAAAAGAAAAAUUAAGGAAAAACGGGAAUUUUUACGUAAAAUCUGUUUUCGAGAAAAUCGAUUUUUGGUUUUUGGUGUAACUCUAAAACAAAUGACCGUAGGGACAUGAAAUUUUGACUGAAUGUUUAUAUUAGCAUUUUCUAUACACCAUAAAAUUUACAAAAUAUUUUGACUCUUUUUGAGCUGUUUACGGCCAUUGUCAGUUUUCAAUUUUUUUUUUCUAUAAAUAUCAAUAAAAUUUUAUCUGUUGAGUAAAAAAGCUUGAAAAUUUAAUAGAAGGCUCCUAGGUUAUUGUUUCAAAGGCAGAUGAAAAAAAUUAAAAAUCCUUAGUCACAGUUUUUAAUUAUAAGCAUUUAAAGUUCAAAUUUUGACAAAAUACGGAAAAAUCACGAAAAAUAGCAAAUUAUUUUGAUGAGAAUUCAUAAAAAUUUUUCUUUUUAAAUCUAAGAUUUGAAAAAAUA